GACCUAGAAGGUCUCCCGCGCAGGUAAGGUAAGGCCGUCGGCGGCAGUGAGCGCUCCGCUUCCGAACCGAACGCACGCCGCCUGCGUCGCGCGUGAAAAAAAAGUUUGUGCUUGUUUAUUUUGAAAUUUUGUUCAACCUACGCGCCAACGACUAAUAAGAUAACGACCGAUAUUAUCGAUGCCGACCCACAAGAGGAGUUGCAGAACCAAAUAAGAGUUGCAAGCCGACAAUGUGACGUUGCCGCCGGCUCCCGCCAAAACGACUUGCCGCCAUUUUGAUUUAGCAUAGACAAUCUGUGUUGCCAUAAUUCCAAGAUGGCGCUGCUGUACAUACUUCUCGCCGUGGCUUCUUCGGCGCUGGCGCAGUCCAACUACGACCAGCAGGCCAACAGCAUCCUCUAUCAGGGCGAGGGGCUGCCUGAACAAACUGUACUGGACGGCAAGGUCACAAAGCUGGAUGAUCUGAGCCCCGUCAUCUUCUUGAACCGGACGAAAGCGGCUCUGAACUGUGCUGCUGGUUCCAUGCAGAUCGAGCUCAAAUUCAACGAGAAAUUUUACGGUAUCGCGUAUGCGGAUUUCGACCGUCACUCGGCUUGCCAGGUGGUUGGCAAGGGCGCGACUUCGUAUAAGCUCGAGCUGCCUCUGAAGGGAUGUGGAACCAGACAGGAUCCUCUCCGCGUAUUCACCAACAAUAUCGUGGUCCGCUUCCACCCCGGUCUUGAGAUGGACGGGGACGAAGUCAUCACCAUCGUCUGCAGAUAUCCACCGCCCGUCGUCCCGCCGCCGCCGAUCUCCGAACCUCGUAUCAAUGACCCCGAGAAAAGCCCGCUGCCACCCGUGGCGCCGCUCGCCGGCACCCACAUCCUCAUGAUCAUAUGCGCCAUCCUGUUCCUAACCCUUCUGCUGUUGGGUUUGGGCGUAUCUUACCUGUGUUUGAGGAGGCGCGCGCUGCCUGCCCCGAGGAGGUUGAUUGAUGAUUCCUCCGCAUCUAUAAUUAGCAGAGAAAGUAUACAAGAGGUGAAAAUCCCCCGCGCCCACCCCGUCUACCCGCUCGCUGCGGAGGCCGAAAGCGCUAGCGUGGUCUCGGACACGAUACCCUCAGACUACCCGUCAGAGACCCCGAGCGAGGCCGAACACGCUCACACCAACCAGGCGUUCAUGAUUGACGAGUACCAUAGCGAAGGUUACGGCGAAACACACGAAACGACAACAUCUAACGGGCGCUUGCACGCAGCGCCGGCGUUCGACGUGCGCGUGCGCGUGCAGCGGCCUCCUGCACCGCCGUCUCCACCCUCGACCCUGACGCCUACAGAAACCGACGGUGGCAGCGUCAGGCAAACCAUGAUGCUAGAAGAGCAUGAACGCCAAGAGUCCGUCCGCACGGUAUCGCCCGUAGCGCUACCUCUGCCCGCGCGUCAAGCGCACCUGCCGCCGCCCGCGCGCCCGCCGCGCCCCGCGCAGCUCUACUCGCAGGUCAGCAGGGAGCGACAGGAGUGGGCACGGCGACCGCGCUCCAUCGUGUCGCUCAACACGGAGAUGACGGAUACACACUCGGUGACAGAGGUCACUGACCGGUCGCACGCGAGGAUGUUCCAUAUCAAGAAGCCGCCGCCUCCACCGCCAGUGAUGAGCGAGCGCUUGGAGACAGAGGAGCACGAGGUCCUUAUGGAGAGCCUUGAACCCAUUCCUGAGACGCCUAUCCUUCCAGCCAGAAAACCGGAGAUCACGUCGCACGUGGUCGACGACGUGUUCCUGCGCACGAUCACGGAGAAGAAGACGAUUGAGGACAUUGAGCGGCACAAAAGGCUGGUUACUGAAUACAAACAGGUGCCCCCGCCGCCCCCGCAAUUCGACGUCACGAUCCGUAACCACACGCUUCCGGAGGCGCAAUGGGAGAACUUCUCCGACAUCAGUAGCGCGUCCGGCAUGACGUUGACUCCGAAGAUGGAACGCGUGCCUUUGUCCUUACCACCACAGAAGUACAUCGGCAAAGGCGGGCCCGACCUCUUCUCUCCCGAACUGAUCAAGCAAUCCCAGUACCAGCCGUCCAACCUGCCACUGCUGCCCGAGCUACCACCAGCCCGCAACCCGUUAUAUCGUGAUGAUGAUGAAGAUGUGCCAGAGCCGGUGCCAGCGCCCCCUGUUCCUCAGAACUGGAGCGUGCUGACUAGGGUGCUCAGUACUGAGGCGCAAGAUGAGGUUCUCCAAGAGUCGGAGCGCGUGCAUCGCCUCACGCGUGAGGAGCGCCUCCGCUGGCGCGAGCUAAUAACCCAUGAGUCGACACUUCGACGUGAGCUGGCUCGUUCCUCCACUCGCGAGGAGUUCACCAGAGUAGCUCACGACCAUCGCUUCGCGCCGCUGUACAGCCCGCACAAAUGGGAGGUCAUCAUACGAAUUCUGGCGCCUCCCCCAGAAAAACCCAAGAACCGCUACCGUAAGAAGAGCGAAUGGGACUCCCGUUCACGCCGCAGCUCCCUGCCGACACUGUACGAGUACGACAGCGACGCCACCUCCCUCCGCGAGCCGGGCCGCUCCCGGCGCUCCUCGUACCGCAGCGAUCACGUCGACAUGAGAUCCAUGUCGGAGAUGAUGGUAGACUAUGCACGGGAGGAAGCUGACAGCCAUUCCGAAGUGUCGGCCGGCACACAGCUGGGCCGGUACUAUGACGAUGACAGCGAUUCCGAACACCCCUUCCAUCAGAACCAGCCCUGGUCUCGUCACUCUCUUCAUCGAUCCGUGAGUCAGCCUUCCCUCGCCCGCUCGGCGACGGAGGUGGUGGAACAGUGGACCGCCCCGGAUGGCGAUGUCACGCCCAAGCCAGGCCGUCGCGUUAGAGGUCCUCAAGGCUUGACAACAUUUACUUCAUCUGAAGUGCGCACGUUCCAAGCCUCCCGGGAAUGGCGAGAAUAAAGGCAAACUUUUUAAAAGGCCCAAAAUGUCCGUUAGGCGCCCACCAGAAUAUGCCAUAAGAAUAUUUAAAUAUUUGUAGUAUAUAAACACUGUGAAAAAUUAUGGGGUUUCCGACCGAUUUAUGUCUGUAAUUCGACAAAAAUCGCUCCUAAUUCCACCAUAAUAGACUAUUUUCGAAAUAACUUGGCAUUUGGUAGUGAUACGGAUUUGCCCGAAUUUUAAGUGAUUUAUGUGUCUAAUAUGUCCCAAAAGGACGAAGACAACUGAGUAAAUAAAUGUGAUUUGUAUGGCUCAUAUGUGACAUUAUCUAUGAAAAGGGACCUUAUUGUCGGUGGCGUUUACGCCAUUAUCAACGAUGCUCCCAUAUUAUAAACAUCGCCGCGCUACGCAGUGCGGCGUAAAUCGCCAUCGACAAUAAGGUCCCUUUUCAUAGAUAAUGUCACAUCGCGAAAACAAAUGUGUAUAACACCUGUUUGUUGUACCUGCAUCUACUGUAUUUCUUAUUCUUAUGGUAGAUAAUUUUAAACGCAUAAGCUCAAAAUAAUAUCUCAAUUUUAACUCACUGCCUUUUGAGAAAUGACUUAGUGUAUAUGUGUAUUAUUCCGUCCAUUAUACAUUUAUAUUUAGAUAAUGUACCUAAUUAAGACUCGAUUAAUUACCAGACAUACCAGUGAAUAAAAAGGUAUGAAACACAUACUCGCAAAGUACGCAUUGAUAUUUUCGUAGCCUGCUAAACAAGGCCAUACUCUAAUUUUACAUUUACAAAAUGUAUAGAUUAAAAAAUAUACACAUAUAUUUAAUAACAGUUACGUCGUUAGAAUCAAAAUCACUAUAAUAUAAAGUGUUUUUUUAUGACGAUAUGCACGUGUUUUUUUGGCAAUAAUAUAGUAGUACAUUACGAUACAAGUGCGGAAAUUCGAAACGAGUGGCGAUAAAUUAAAACACGACCGAAGGGAGUGUUUUAAAUCGACACGAGUUGCGAAUUACCUAUUCGCACAUGUAUCGUACAACGUUUUACAGUACAUAUGGCCCUUUAAAUGUUUGACACAGUAACGUAAUAUGCUAAUUUUCGCACUAGUGCGGUAAAGUAGCACCAUAUGUACUGUAAAUAAUGUUAUUAUAAUAAAUAUAACAAUUAUUAUAGAUAAUAAUGUCUCAUUUUCGCGUACGUGAGUAAUCAACACAUUUUUACUAGACCAUAGUGCGAAGAAAAUAUAAGCUUUUUAUUAUAGUAAAUUCAGAUUUUUUAAUAUUUUGAUAUACAUUUACUAACAUUGUGCCAAAAUAAAAGGUUUAAAAAGCUUUUUAAUAUACCGGCUUAGGUUUAGUAAUUAAAUUGUACCUGUAUUGUGUACAACGCUUUGCGAAUUAUUUUUUGAUAAGUUAUGCAAAUCAUAAGCUCAGCUGUGUGUGUAGAUUUUAUUUUUAGAGUGUAAAAAUCGCAAAAUAAAUUGUAUACUGUAUUUUUUGAUUCUCACUACAAACCGCUCCGAAAAUUUACGGUAUGCUCACAAAGAGUUGAAAAUUUCAAGUAUACCCCGCUUGUUUGUUACGACCUCAAACUCAAUACCUAGUAUUUUUUGCUAGAACUGUUGCACACACACUUGACAAAUACUGAGCUUGUGAAUUGUCUUUAUUUACUGAACUACCAAAAUGCUAGAGACACUGCCAAGUUUUCUAGCAAUUGUGGGUUUUUAAAGGUGAAACAUUUAUUAUAUGAUGACGCUGCGUUCUUAAGCAAAAGAUAGUAAAAUGAUCACGCGGAAUUUCAUUGGAACUAAAUUUUUCAUACUAAAUUGAACUGUCAUCCUACAUGAGAAUAACAGCGCCCUCUUGAUAAUAAUUUUUGGACGGAGUUUAUUCCAAAUUAAAGGUCAACGUGGGAAUAUAAAAUUGAUUGCUGUUAAUACCGUCAUAGUCUUUGCCGACUUUCUAUUGUAUGAGUACAAACGCAAGAGUAUAAAGUGAUGAAAGUGAUGUAAACACGUAGCGAUGGGGAGAUGUAGACGGACUUCUCUUAUAGACGGUCUUUACCACAUUCCCUUAAGGAAUCUGAUAAUUGUUCUACUAUUAAUGCAUUAUUAACUUAAUGAAAUGUGGUGUUUAUUUUUAAUAGUUAGCUGUAAAUAUAAUUUUAGAGGGAUGUUUAAGACUUAGCAGUGGAGGCAAGUCGCCAUAGAAUUAUUUAAGGUUAUAUGCAUUUCGCGUCGACGGUUCUAUCGCUUUAAUACUUUUUAUUAAUGCGACAUAUUGUGUAGAAUACUUAUAAUGUAUUUCAUAUUGUUUAUAAUUAUAACUUUGAAUUAAACUUUUCGACGCUGUGUCAAACACAAAAGCUGUCACUCGGACGCCUCGUUCCCGAAGUGUCAAAACUGAACUUUACUGAACACGUAGGUCUAUGUUGCUCUGUGGUCAGUAACAGAUUGGCGUCAAAAAAGUUAAUUGUCAAAGAGGUAUAGAGUCCAUCUAAGCUAAGUUAGCACGGACUCGAACAGAAGUGUGGAAGUGUCAUAUGUUCAUCUAAAUUUAACAUUAGUGAUCACAUUUUCACACGUUGCCAUUACAAAUAACGUUUGGUUUUUUUAGAUUUUUUAAUUAUUGUAUAAAUUAGGAGCUCUAAACAAAUUUCAUACAAGAAAAGGCGAUUUCGUCGUUUCUUAUAAAAAUUCUUGCUCAGAAUUCUGCUGAAGUUGAAUUGCGCAUGCAUAUUUCCUUUACAUGCAUGUAUUUUCUUGCCUCUGUUGCUACGUCAUAUGGGUUGUGGAACUGGUAAUGCAAGUUGUGCUCAAUUGUGGUUGUAGGUGUUUUACGUGCCGAGCUUUGGACGCAUUUUAUUUAAGGCUAAGCAACAGAGAUAUGGAAGGUAGAAGUAAGAAAUGCAAUCUCCAUAGGCAGAGCUGUUGCAAGCUGUCAGCUAUAAAUAAUAAUUCCAAAUCUCUCCAGAGUAGCGCUAGAGUAGCUAAGAACAACUAGGCGUUAUUGACGGAGUGAAGUGCGCUGUCUAUGAUUCGAUUUUUCCUAUUCACCUAUUUAAGGUUUUUUGACGGACACUUUUUGGUACAUGGGGAUUCUAUUCAUUACCUCUACCUUCCAUAAAAGAGAAUUGAGUAUAGAGUCGUAUUGUCAAACUAAAUUUUGUACUCAACUUUUACUGCCAUCUUUCGACACAGGACUAAAACUCUUAGCAUGACACAUGGCUAUUUGACCCAUUCUUUCACUGAUAUGUAUUAAAUAUCAAACGGCGUCACCAUCUACUCGUGUAUAGGCCGAAGGUAUAUCGCCAUCUAUUCGAGCAUAAAUUUGUCUUGAUUUUUCGAGGUAUAAGGUUAUAUACCUAACAGUUUUGAAUGAUUCACCGUUUGUUUCACUACACUACUCGUGAACAAGAUGCAUGUAACUGCGUCGAAAUAUCGGGAGCUCAAUCAAAACAAUAUAAAAGGUAAUCACGGUUUAUAUCCCGGUCGAUUUAAGUGUUUUCGAGGUAUGUUUUUUUUAAUACUUUAUUUAUCUUAUACGGAGUUAUAUAUCUUUGGUCUUAGCUAAGUGUUUAAUAAAGUAACUAACUAUUUUCAUAAAGAUCAUAGCUGUGUGUGCGUAGACUUUGCACGUGCGCGCGCGCAGAAACGUUGGAGCCGUGCGCGCACACGUUACGCAAGCGGUGUGCUGUGUCUUAUACAGAUCUGUGUAUUACAACGCGUACGUGCACGUGACGUCUACGCACACUGUCUGACAGCCUAAAUGUGUCACUAUUUUAGUAAUAUUCUACUUUUUGGGUGUGCACAGUAAUAUGUGUUAAAUGAUAGAGGAUAAUUGGUCCUGCUGUUGAUUUAUAAUUGUAAAAAACUGAGUAAUUAUGUGUAAAUGCGUUCAAGGCUUCUUAAUAAAUGUAAGGUUGUGUUACAAACACAAGUUUGUAUGAUUAGAAAUAAAGCGAAUCGUUCAUACAAUUUUUGAUAUAUAAACAUGGUAGACGUUCGAAUUCUCGUCGCUGUCCCAGAUGUAAAUAUGUAGGGUUAUCGUAUGAAAAAAUCCUGACAUUUCCUACAAAUAUUUUACGUAAACUUUUGCAUCUAAAUUGAUCCAAGUGGUAUAUUAGUGCUUUCUCUGGUUUACAAAUAUUACAGCAUAACCAUCCCUUUCCUCUACUCCAACCUUAGUUUCUAUAGAUCAUGUCAUUCACGAAUACGCGUAUCUUGACUAGUAUUGUAAUGUUAUUAAAGGUUAGAUUUGACGAAUCUGCGCGUCAUCGUGGAUGACACGAACUGUAAUGGUAUGUUGAGUUUUAAUAAAACCCCGAGGGCGUCCCCUAGCUUGCACCAGGACGUUUACCGUGUAUUGAUAGUCGAAAGAAUAUUCUUGCAGUCAGCUUAGCUGAGUAUAGGAUGACUCACGCUAGAACGGUCCCGGUCCGAGAUGCGACCGUCCGUGGACAAUCACGUGAUUCUAUAGAAAUCGAAGUAUCGGACGCUUCGGUCCGGACACGGACCAAUCUAGCCUGACUCUUCCUUUUCAGGAUGACUCACGCUAGACCGGCCCGUGGUCUAGCAUGACUCAUGCUCAUGAGUCAUCCUUUAUCCUCCUAAGGCACAACCAGUCAGAAAAGAGUCCAAAAUUUGCCACUGAAAUUUGAACCUAUUAUGUACGAAAUAUAGUUAAUUUUGUUUUGUUUUAAAAUUGAACGAAACAAAACAAAUGCAUCUCUGUAUUUGAAGAUGAUUAAAAUUUGAUCGAACUUAAUAAGUACUAUAGGUAGGACCAUGGGCCUCAGGAGGAUAUCUUUUCAUUCCAAUAGCUGUCAUUUACUUUUUUGGUAUGAAAUUAUAUGUAAUUAAGUUUUAAAUACGGAUUUUGAUAUAUAAUCAAGUGGUGCUACGACAAUAUGUUUUACGGUAUAAUUGUAGAAUAUUAACCUACUGAUCGAUUAUUUUGGUAAUCUUCAAUAUACGUACCUUAACAAUUA